CAUCACUGCAAACGUCAAAUCAGUGUGCGACAAGUGAAAACGCGUGUGACAAAAAUCUUGCUCCUCGCGUUUGCUCUCGUAUUUUCGUUAUUUUCCACCUUUUCUUCGCGAGUUUCCCCCUUGAAAGUUUCCCUGGUUACCGAGCAUCAAACAAGUGGUCAAGCAAUGCGCCGAUCUCUUCCGGCUACUCGAACUCGGUCCCCUUUAGAACCGCAGCAGAUUCUGAACUACACCCUAGCGAGUGACAUCCAGUUUAGCAGCAGCACCAGGAGCAACAGGAGUGACGUCAUGAGCAGCAGUGGUUCCCCCUUCCUUCUGCAAUCCCACCAGCAGCAGCAUCAGUAUCUGUCCUAUCCGCUGUUCGAGGGCCCCUUCCAGGUCAUCGAACCGGGAAGCGACCUGUACAUCGAGAUGGACUCCGACUACGGCCUGGAUCCGUUUGACGGGAGCGGGGUGAUGGAACAGCAGGAACUGUUCAUCUCGGAGAAUGGAAUUCCGCAGGAAGUGCUGGAGGAUGUGUUCCAGCUGGACGAUGAAAUUGAGGGCGCCGGAGGAGUGCUUCCCCAGCAGUACCCCGUUGCGGAGGGUCUUUCAAUGGCCGAUUACGAGAGGGAUCUGGUGGCGGAAAUGGAGAAGCUGUUUCCGGAAGUGGCCCCCGAAGCAAGAUGUCCACCGAAGAGCAGUCGGCUGAUGGAGGAACUGGUUCGGACGGAUCUUCCGGAACUGCCUUGUUACAUGAACGUGCAGCUCAAACCGGAUGGUAGCCGAAAGGGACGAAAGGUGGAGACAGCACCACGUGAUGCCCAAAGGGGCUUUCGAUGCGUAGAAAUGACGGAUGGCAAAGGAACCACUUUCAAGGCCAAGUAUUACCACCACCAAAGUGUCGAAAAGCAGCAAAAACCCGUCCCACAAACUAAGAACAAUCUUCAGCAUCGUCGAGUUGUGGAGCUGCUCCAGUCUCCCCCGCUCAGAAACGUGAGUCCAGCGAUGGCCAGCAAGAUCGAAUCACUGGCAAGCGGUAAACGAAAUGUUACCCUCACGCCAGUCCGUAGUAGUCCCCCUCCAGCUCCUCCGCAAAGAAACUCAACAACCAUCGUCAUCAAAACUCCCAAAAGGACAAUCGCCACAAGCUCCCCUCCGGUAGAACCAUCUCCACCGCCCCCCGUGACCAUCGAUUUCCCUUUCCCAAUCGCCAUGAUCAAGCAAGAACCUCCGGAUGAUACCACCGACCAACCCCCAAUCCCUCUCGAGUUCACACCAAUCGAAGUCCCGGUCAUAACGCCGAACUCCAUCGCCAACAAACAACCCCGGAAGCAGAAGCUGCAAUCCCUGUCGCAGUGCGACGUGGUAUUCAAGGAAGCACCCGGAGUUGUUCCCAACUCGGAACAGGGCGGUGCGAAACCCGUUAACCGCCGGAUUGUUCAGCGCCCCCCUCGUGGACCCCCGCCGAACGAUUUUGUCACCGUUACCAUCACGGAUGUCAAUGACAACAGCAAUGAUAAGAGUGCUCAGGAGCGAUCUCGUCCAUCAACUCCACGCCCUAAGGCAGCAUCCCCGGUUCCAUCUCCCAGUCAAUCACGUCCACCGCCAACCAGUCGCUAUCCGUUCAAGAAACGCUCGCUCGUCACACACUAUCGGGUUCAAAUGACGCCCAAUCAGAAACGGAUUCCCGGACAACCGGUGGAAUCGAUCGAAAUCCUCGAUUCAUCCGAGGAGGAUGAAGAAACCAACGCAUCUAGCACCGGGACCGCAACCGCUCCCGAAUCAGAAACCGAAGACGUUUCCAAACCGAAGCUCCCUGGAAACACCGAAUCGAUCCAGUGCCCGUUUUGCUGCAAAGUUUUCUUCGCAUCCCAUACGCUAAUGCUUCAUAGCCAGAAUUGCGCCGAUGCGGUGCUCUUUGGGAACUCUUCGCCCAAAAAACAAUCAUCCAGCAGUAGCAAAAGGACAUCGAAGUCAGGCGAAAGUUUGCUAAAAUCUUCGUCCGAAAAACCUUCAAAAUCAACUGCGGAAUCAACUCGAACAAAGUCGGAGGCAAAAUCGCGACCAACAGCGGAACCGAACCGGAAGCGUUUACCCAAUCCGAGAUCUUCCAUGCGAUUGAGUAUCGAAAUACUACCAACGGCGUUCAGCAUCGAUAAUCUGUUGUUGUGCGAGGUUUGCAAAAAGACGUUCCGCAGCCAGGAGCACCUGGACGUCCAUCAGAAGAUCCACAAGACUCCGACGGUGUGCAAUUUCUGCAGGAAGAAGUUCUACGAAACUCCGCGCAACCACAGCUGCCAGGAAAUGAAACGUGCGAAGCAACUGAAGAGGCGAACUCGCUAGUCUUUUGGAAGCGGACGGAAAUGCUGGUUUUGAUUUUGUUGAAUUAGUUUAUUGUAGUUGCCCAGCUUUGUUCUGAAGAAAUAAGGUUAGAUUCAAAGUUAAGCUGACAUUAUAGGACUUAACAUUCGAUAUAAGGAAUAACAUUCGAACUUAAUUUGAAUUCAA